AGAGAGCGCCGUUUCCAGCAAGAACCCUAAAAAUCAAGUCCUUGCUACUCGAGGGCAAUGCGGGCAGUGGUGCAGCGAGUCUUGUCCGCCAGAGUCGAUGUCGAUGGCCAAAUUGUGUCACAGAUGCUUGCUUGUGCGUUUUUUCCUUUCUUCCUUGAAACGCUUUCCCUGCAGAUGUCCUAAUUGAGCUUCGGAUGGGCAAGGAGAUGCAGUUUUCUUUGGUGUGUUCUUCGCAGCUGCAGGAAAAUUCUAAGCAUUGCGCUUAUUUGUGAACGACAAAACCGCCAAAGCAUGUGUCAUGCAAAAGAACCUCCGACGUUUUGCUCGGGAUUGUAUGAAUGUAUUGCAACAUUUAUCUUUUUUCUUCUUCCACUGUCCAUUGAGUCAGUUCACGCUUUAUGGAUUUCUCAAGGGGAACAACCCGGACUUCCACUUGGCCAUGCCACCACUCCAGGCUAAGGAUUUCUACUCCAAGUUCGUCGAGGCUGUCGCUCACUCCUACUCUACGGACAAAGUUAAAGGCAAGCAUUGUGUGAUCUCCAUGAAUCCCUCCAAAAGCUAAGCCGUGCGUAUAUUUGGCGCACUGAUGCAAGUUCAGUUGAUUAAUGAUGGACCAGUGACGCCGCAGCUCGAUUCUCGCAAUCCAGAACUCUUCCUCUUAACUCUCAGGUUUCAGUAUAAUUGAAUAAGCAUUCGCAUUUGGAUCCUUGCGAUUAGAAAAUUCGCUGGCUUCCUGACAUCUCACCCUUUUGCAGUGCACUGCUAACAUACUACUCCACAGUUUCAUUGAAAGAACACCAAAUUCGUUUGUAGCGAUGGUACCAAAAGCGCCUGGGUCACAGCUGGGAUUCCACGAGGCGAAGCUGCCGAGCAGAUUGUGGAGAACGUACUAGCAGAUGAGCGGUGCUGGUUGGUCCUGGUUUCAUCAAUAUUCCGCACCGGCUGUGCUAAUGUCCGUCCAACAACUGUUCCAUUGAUCACUAGAAAACAAUUUCCACCUUCAUUAGCACUCCGUCGUCUUCACCACUCAGCGGACGGCCUCUGGACCAUCGUGAGAGUCUCGCUUCCGCGAAUUUGCUCCCUCCCGGCCCGUCGAUCGCAUGGCUAGGCAACUUGGUGCUCACAGUCUUGGUGUGAAGUGAAAACAGUUGGGGAUCAGUUGAAGGGGGUGAUUUUCCUGGUGAGACUUUCCUUUCCAUCGGAAGAAGAAGGACAAGAACAAGAAGGAUGAGAAGCUAAAACAGGAUUUUUAUCGAGUCAUGGGACUGCUCUUGCUGCUGCUGCUAUGGCUAUGUGCUGCUCAAGCCCGGGACUCUUCGUCUUUGUUUGUCAAGGUUGCUCACCACCGAAGCCAGAUAAGGAGGAGUUUCAAGUUUCCAUCUCGAGCAUUCGGGGAGAGGACGGAGGAUAUCAGGCUCAUUGGGAAUGCGGCAGUGAUGGGGGAUGGAUCGAUAAGAAUUCCAGCUCAGGAUGCGCAAGCCAACCAAGCGGGACGAGCGCUCUUUGCAUCGCCAGUCCGGAUGUGGGAUCCAAACACCAGCAUCCCGGCCUCGUUCGACACUACCUUCUCCUUCGUCAUCCAGAGCUCUUCGUCGUCCACAAGCCAUGAAACUGGUGGAGGCCUGGCUUUUAUCAUAGCUCCGGAUGAAAUGACGGUUGGUCGAGACGCUGGCUAUCUGGGAAUGCUCAACGAUGCGUGCGUCCACCACCGGCGAGGCAACAGCAGCGAGGGUAGGCGUCCCGUGAUCGCGGUGGAGUUUGACACUUUCAAAGACGACGAGUUUGGCGAUCCCAAUGACAACCAUGUUGGCCUGAACUUGGGAAGCGUCAUAUCCAACGAGACGGCCGAUCUCUCCAACGCGGGAGUGUUCCUGAGGAACGGCUCGUCUGUGACUGCCAGGAUCAGCUACGACAGCUCCAUCCAGCACCUCCAAGUUCGAGUGAGCUCCACUCAUUCCUCGCGCGACCCCGAGUUUGAUCCGGCCAAGCAAGACAGCUUACUCGACGACGAUCAGGUUCUUCCACUGAUUUCCACGCCGGUCGAUCUCUCCAGCUUUCUCAAGGAGUACAUGUUCGUCGGCUUCACGGCUUCCACCGGUGCCGAGGCUCUCUCCCACAGCAUCCUCUCGUGGACCUUCUCGUGUGCCAGCCACGCCGUCCAGAGGUUCCCGCCGGUGACUCUCAGCAACAGCAAGGAAACCAUCUCCCACCGAGAGGAAUGCGAAGACGCCAUCGUGGAGGACAAGUUCGACCACGCCAGCGGCAGAAAGGGCCAUCCCCCGGCCAUCUUCUUCGUGUUCGUCAGCGUAAGUGCUACCGUCCUCUCGCUGGUUCUCAUCGUGCUCGUUUCUUGGCGAAGGAACAGAGCUCACUCGAGCAAAAGCAUUAGUGCUAGUAUUAGUGGCGGUGGUGGUGAUCCAUGGAGCAUGCCAGUCGUGAUGCUCCCAAGGCCGAGGCCGCUCCACAGGCCCCGAGAGUUUGAUCUUCCUGAGCUGGUGGUAGCAACCGGGGACUUCGCCGAGAAGCAGAAGCUCGGGCAGGGGCCGCUCGGAGUAGUUUACAGGGGAAGCUUGCAGGAUGGCAGCUUGGUAGCGAUCAAAGUUCUCAGCAACGUCUGGCCGGUCUCGUCCUCAGGUGUGCUGUGCGUGCCGAGCUUGAACAUGAGCAAGAACAGGAAGCGCAAGCAGCAGCUCAUCUCGGAGAUCCUCCCGGCUUUCAGCAAGCUCAGGCAUCCCCGGUUGGUUCCAGUCCGGGGUUGGUGCGAGUCAGGCCCGGAUCUCAUGGUGGUUUACGAGUACAUGCCCAACGCGAGCCUGGAUAAGUGGCUCCAUCCCGCGGAAGCUCUCCUGGCGCUGCCGUGGAUCCACCGCUGGAAGCUGGCAGGGGACGUAGCCGCGGCGCUCCUCCAUCUCCACAUGUCGAACUUCCUCCACGGCCGCGUCAAGUCGAGCAACGUUCUCAUGGAUAUCACCUUCCAGGCCCGGCUCGGUGACUUUGGCUUGCUCGGCUCGAGCUCCUCGCGAGCUCCAAGCUCUUCGGAUCAUCAUCCUCAGCCAGAGUAUCAUCUUCCUCCGGAGGCGAGCUCCUCCUCGGAUCCGUGGACCCGAGAGAUGGACGUCUAUGGAUUUGGGAUCGUUUGCCUGGAGCUCGUCUCCGGGGGUCCUCCAAGUUCCGAGGAGGGUGGGUCUCUGGUGGAUCGAGCGUGGCUGCUACACGAGCGGGGGUGUGGGAUUGGAGAGCUGGUCGAUCCGAAGCUUGGGGGAAGCUUCGUGUUUGAUCAGGCAAUGACCCUCUAUGGAGUUGGAUUGCUUUGCUCUCAUCCGGAUCCGAGAUCCAGGCCCGCGAUGGAAGGCGUGGCGCGCUUGCUGGAGCGCAGGACGGACAUUCCCCCUAUCCCGGCAAGAACUCCCGCGAGGUGUGAUUAACGUGAUUAAUGUGUAAAGGUGGCCAUGCAACUCUGCAAGGAGACGCAUUUUUUUUCUGAUCUAUCGUUCGCGCAUUGUGGGAAAGGAAACAAAAACCGUUAAUGGAUAGUGUUUUCUUCCUACUAAAGUAACGUGUAAGAUAAAAGGUGUUCUAGGGCACAUUUCUUUUAUAAGGGUUGUCAUUAUCUUAA